AUGUGGUACUUGGAGAUGUUGAGCUGGCUCCUUCCUCCCAUGUCCCUGCACACACACAGGGGCGGGUGGUGCGGGCGGGAGCGGGAGGCAGGGCUCAGCCCCGGCAGUGGCGGGGCUUCCCCCACUCCCUGCCUGCCCGCCACCGUGCCCGAGCCGCUUCUGCUGCUGGGCUGCUGCCUGCGGCCGCAGGACCCGGCCGAGCCAGGCCGAGGGGAGCGGGGGCGGCUGCUGGCGGCGGCCGAGAUGAUGGCGGAGGGCGACACCGGGCCGGCGCGGAGGAAGGCGCUGUCGCUGCUGGAGGCAGCCCGCUCCCGCUACGAGAGCUUGCAGAUCUCCGACGAUGUCUUCGGGGAGUCGGGCCAAGACAGCAGCGGCAACCCCUUCUACAGCACCUCGGCUGACUCCCGCUCCGCCGCCUCUUCCCAGGACGAGGACGAUGACGAGGAGGACGAGGGGCGCCCGGAGGGGCUAGGGCCGCGGGGCCGGGUGGCUCGGCGCCGUGCCCCUAGGGCGGCGGCCACCCCGGCGGAGCGGCGGCGGCAGCGGCAGGUCGGCGGAGGCAGCGCUCUCCCGGGCGGCCCCGGCCCUAUGGAGGAGGAGGAGGAGGAAGGGGAGAAGGGGGGCUGGACCCGGUCGCUGCGAGACGUCCCACCCCCUCACUUCAAGGAUGGCAGUGGUCCAACACGAAAAAUGCCCCUGACUGCAAGUGCCAUGGACUUUUUUCAACUCUUUGUCCCUGACAAUGUACUAAAGAAUAUGGUGGUCCAAACCAACAUGUAUGCCAAGAAGUACCAGGAGCGGUUUGGCAGCGACGAUGCCUGGAUCGAUGUCACUUUGUCAGAAAUGAAGGCCUUCUUAGGCUACAUGAUAUCAACCAGCAUCCACCACUGUGAGUCUGUUCUCAGCAUCUGGAGCAGUGGCUUCUAUAGCAACAAGAGCAUUGCACUUAUCAUGACACAAUCACGGUUUGAGAAGAUCCUGAAGUACUUCCAUGUUGUGGCCUUCCGCUCGAGCCAGACAACGCAUGGCCUCUACAAAAUCCAGCCUUUUCUGGACUCUCUGCAGAAUGGCUUUGACUCUGCUUUUAGACCUUCACAAGCCCAGGUACUACAUGAGCCCCUGAUUGAUGAGGAUCCUGUUUUCAUUGCCACGUGCACAGAGAGGGAGCUGCGCAAGAGGAAGAAGAGGAAAUUCAGUCUCUGGGUUCGCCAGUGCUCAUCCACUGGUUUCAUCUGCCAGAUUUAUGUCCAUCUCAAAGAAGGGACUGGUGCUGAUGGGCUGGAUGCUUUGAAGAACAAACCACAGCUUCACAGUAUGGUGGCCAAAAGCCUCUGUCAGAAUGCCUCUGGGAAGAACUACAUCAUCUUCACUGGCCCAAGCAUUACCAGCCUGAAUCUCUUUGAAGAAUUUGAGAAGCAAGAGAUUUACUGCUGUGGGUUGCUGAGCACCAGAAAGAGUGACUGUACAGGCCUACCUCCAUCCAUGCUGAACAACCCUGAAACUCCCCAGUCCAGAGGACAGUACAGAAUAAGAAUGAAAGGAAACAUGUCCUUGAUCUGCUGGUACAAUAAAGGGCACUUUCGUUUUCUGACAAAUGCCUAUUCACCAGUUCAACAAGGAGUCAUAAUUAAGAGAAAAAGUGGAGAAAUCCCAUGCCCACUGGCAGUCGAAGCCUUUGCUGCUCACCUUAGCUAUAUCUGCAAAUACGAUGACAAGUACAGCAAGUAUUUCAUUUCUCACAAACCAAACAAGACCUGGCAGCAAGUAUUCUGGUUUGCCAUCAGCAUCGCUAUAAACAAUGCCUACAUCCUCUACAAAAUGUCAGAGGCUUACCACGUGACGAGGUACAGCCGCGCACAGUUUGGUGAAAGACUCGUAAAGGAGCUUCUGGGCUUGGAGGACACCUCACCCUCCCAUUGAUGCAUUGUUCUUGGUGAUAUAGGCAGGGAAUGGAGGGUAAGCAGAAGAAGAUACCACACCUGAAAAGGCAAAGCAAGGAACUUGUGAUGCCACAGUGCUGUCCUUAUCCAAAAAUGCCAAGUGAUGCCACCAGAGAAGUCAAAACUUUGUUCCUAGAAGCAGCUGGAUGUAAACACAUCCUGCAGAGAGUGCCACUGGAAAAGCAAACACAAAAUUGCAUAUGUGAAUGCCCUGUGGGAAUCUAUACACCUGAAACAGACUUAAAUUAGUUGUCAACACUAUUUGUUGCACAGGGUCAGCUAGUUCCUCUUGGGCUAGGAGCUUGUUAGAAGUUGACAUAGCUCAGCUGUCCUAGGUAGGCAUCACAGAAGCUUUACUGGAGCUAUUCAGUUCUGGGACAGGCAAUGUUAAGUUCACCAUGGGCUGUGGCUGGGGGUGCCUGCCAUCCUGUAAGGCAUUGCUGCUGUCCUCCCAGUGUGCUAAAGAAAGCUACUGAGAUCCACCAACACUGAUGCAAGCAUACUGACAAACAAAACCUUCACAGGCAGGCAGCCAGGAACUGAGGACCAGUGAAGACUUUUUCUUUCUUUUUUCCCCCUUUGUUCUUAUUAAUGUACUGUCAGUUAAUUUGAUCCCACUUAGAAUGCAGUAAAAUUAGGAGAAAGCAAACAGAUUAGUGAAUGUAAAGCAGAAAUACAUUACACUGAUUUUCUUUUAUAACCAGGAUGAAACAUUUUAUACACAAACGGUGAGUAAACCUGCAAGUACUAACAGUGAGUCAACCAGUCAGUAAUACUGCCUCACAUCUUAACUGCCACGGCUGCUGUACAGGUGAGAGAUUAGAGUAAAAUGCUUAUUUCUUUUCUCUUGAUUUCAGCUGUAUCUUAAAUGUUGCUUAAAAAUCUAAUGUAAUGGACUGUUAAGUUUUUAGGAACAACAAUUUCUUUCUUUUCGUAAGUGUCAAGUUAUUUUUUUGUCCAUUUUAGAACUUCAUUUGACACACAGUUGGCAGGAAAGAAAAAAAAAAAGCCAAGUCCCUGACAGCAGUGUGUUUUCCAUUAGCCCUGCAGGGUGUUCUGCAAAAGUGGUGUUAGAAUUCAGGGCUUGCUAUGGUAGUUGCAAUUAAACAGGUUGCACGUUUAGCAACAUAACAGCAUCAUGUUUU